AUGAGCGGGAUACAAGAAGAGAGCUCUCAGGUCUGCCUCAGGACGGUUCUCAAGCAAUUAGGCAACCUGCAAACCGGCCAGAAAGACGAACAAUACCUCACCCACCUGCAAGCAACCGACCCCCGCCACGACAAGAAAAAUAUCGAGUUAAGAAAGGGUGGUCUCCUCAGAGAGUCAUACUGCUGGGUUCUCAGUCAUGACAAUUUCCACCGAUGGCGCGACAACCGAGAUGGCCAGUUGCUCUGGGUUAGAGGCGAUCCUGGCAAGGGCAAAACGAUGUUGCUCUGCGGAAUAAUUGAUGAGCUGGAGAAGGACACUGCGCGCACAGAUAAUAUCGCGUUUUUCUUCUGUCAGGCCACGGACGAUCGCCUCAGCAAUGCUACAGCGGUCCUCCGUGGGCUGAUCUACCUGCUUGUGACCAAGCAGCAGCCGGAACUUAUUUCACACGUUCGCGAAAGCUGCUAUGGUUUGGGGAAAGAGGGCUUCCAAGGCCCCACUUCAUGGGUGGUAUUGUCAAAGAUUUUUACCAACAUUCUCGAAGACCCGAAGUUACGGGGAACAUAUCUAAUCAUUGACGCGCUUGACGAGUGUACUGGAGACCGGGACCUGCUUCUCGACCUUAUCGCAAGCAAGUCAUCAGCAUACCCGAAAGUUAAGUGGCUCGUAUCCAGUCGCAACUGGCCGGACAUCGAGGAGAGUCUCAACACCGCAACACAGAAAAUAAACCUACGUCUUGAGCUGAAUGAAGAGUCUGUCUCCGCUGCUGUCACCACAUAUAUCCAGUCCGAAAUAGAUAAGCUUGCGAAGCGGAAAAAAUACAAUAACGAUACGCGGGACGCUGUCAAGCGCUAUUUGGAUACGAAUGCACAUGGGACCUUCCUCUGGGUAGCGUUGGUCUGUCAAGAGCUCGCCAAGAUCUCGAGAUGGGAAGCUGUGGAGAUAUUAACAACAUUUCCGCCUGGGCUCGAUGCAAUCUAUGAACAGAUGAGGGACAAGAUCAACAAGUCGAGGAAUGCUAAACUUCUCCAAAGAAUACUGGCUGUCAUCUCGGUCGUAUACCGACCUAUCACAUUAAACGAACUACCGGCCCUCGUGGAUAUGCCAGACUGUUCCUCUGGAAAUGUGGAGGAUCUAAUAGAGAUCGUAGGGCUUUGCGGCUCUUUCCUGAUACUGCGUCAACACACGAUAUCAUUCGUCCACCAAUCCGCUAAAGACUUCCUACUUAGCAACGGCACGCACCAAGAUUCACGAGAUGUUGUUAAUUGGGUUUUCCCUCAAGGGAAGGACGAUGUACACAAUAGCGUCUUCUCAAGGUCGCUAAGUGCGAUGUCUACGAUAUUGCACCGCGACAUAUACGGUUUAAAGUUACCGGGAUUCCCAAUCAACGGGGUUCAAACGCCAUGUCCAGACCCGCUGGCCACAGUCCGGUAUUCGUGCGUCUUCUGGGUUGACCAUCUCCGCGAGUCGAUUUCUGAUAAAGACACGCCACACCGCAACACACUGGUUGCGGUCCAGACAUUCCUUGAACAGAAGUAUCUUUACUGGCUCGAAGCUCUCAGUUUACUCCGAGCUAUGUCGAAGGGUGUCAUUGCCAUAAGAAAACUUGAGGGCCUACUAGGGCGAACUCAUCAAAGGCAGCUAACAACCUUUAUUCGGGAUGCGCACCGGUUCGCUCUCUCCUAUAGAUGGAUAAUCGAGCAAGCCCCUCUUCAGGCGUACACAUCAGCCCUCGUAUUUGCACCGCUUGGUAGUCUAAUGAAGAAGAGAUUUAAGACGGAAGAACCUAGCUGGAUCAGUGUAAAGCCAGUAGUAGAAGCGGACUGGAAUGCGUGCCUCCAGACGCUCGAAGGCCAUAGAAACUGGGUUACCUCGGUCGCCUUUUCGGCGGAUGGCCAGCGGCUCGCAUCCGGUUCAGACGACCAUACCGUCAAGAUCUGGGAUCCCGCCUCGGGCCAAUGCCUCCAGACGCUCCAAGGCCAUAGCAACUCGGUUACCUCGAUCGCCCUUUCAGCGGAUGGCCAGCGGCUCGCAUCCGGUUCACACGACCGUACCGUCAAGAUCUGGGAUCCCGCCUCGGGCCAAUGCCUCCAGACGCUCCAAGGCCAUAGCAACUGGGUUACCUCGGUCGCCUUUUCGGCGGACGGCCAGCGGCUCGCAUCCGGUUCACACGACCGUACCGUCAAGAUCUGGGAUCCCGCCUCGGGCCAAUGCCUCCAGACGCUCCAAGGCCAUAGCAACUGGGUUAACUCGAUCGCCUUUUCAGCGGAUGGCCAGCGGUUCGCAUCCGGCUCAUACGACCGUACCGUCAAGAUCUGGGAUCCCGCCUCGGGCCAAUGCCUCCAGACGCUCCAAGGCCAUAGCGACUCGGUUACCUCGGUCGCCUUUUCGGCGGAUGGCCAGCGGCUUGCAUCCGGUUCAGAUGACCAUACCGUCAAGAUCUGGGAUCCCGCCUCGGGCCAAUGCCUCCAGACGCUCCAAGGCCAUAGCGACGAGGUUAACUCGAUCGUCUUUUCGGCGGAUGAUCUAAGAGCGCAUGGGUAUAGGUUGGGGUCAGAUAAGACCUGGGUUACUUGUAACGGCCAGAAUGUGUUAUGGUUACCACCUGAAUACCGCCCAACCUGCUCUGUAAUCCAAGGGCGGAUGGUAGCUAUUGGCUGUUCAUCAGGGCGAGUUUUUACUAUUGGCUUCUCGCGCGACAUAUAA